AUGGCGCGGACCGCCAAGCGCAAGGCAAGCGACGACGCUGCAGCUUCCACUGCUGGACCUGACACAACGGCCACCACAAUGAGCUCGAUGUUGACCGUGACGAUCGACUUGGCGCCGCUCAAGCGUCCCGUGCGCCCUCCAAUGUCGGAGAAAUACAGCUAUUGGAGCCUUGAUCAGCUCAAGUUAGAGUGCACGGCGCGUAAAUUGAACGUCCUCAAGAAUACGAAGAAGGACGACCGCGCCAGUAUUCUCGCGAGUCUCCCACUUUCCAGUUGA